AUGCACGUGCGCUCCGGGGUGGCCGCUGGUCGCCACGCGCUCUCGCCGUCGCUUUCAAGUGGUCCGUCGAUCGGUCUUUCGGCCAAUAAUCGGCCAGUCGAUGGGUUUCGUGAUGACGAAGCGAGUGCGACGGCUGCAGUCAACAAAGACCGAGAUUCGAAUGAGAGAGAGCGAGCGAGCGACAGUAGCGGGAGUGGGAUGACCAGCAGCUGA